AAUAGUUAAUCUCUCCGGCUGCUGCUGCUGUGAUUGGCCGCUGUACGCAGCGCUUCAGCCUCCUUGAAUGAGAAACAGGGGUAACCAGGCAACUUCAGCGCCGGAGAGAAGAAGAAGAAGAAAAAGAAGAGAGAGAGAAAAAAAGGAGGACGAGAAGAAGAAGACAGUGCUUUUUAUGCGGGAUCUUAGAAUUAAGGAGGAAUUCCAAACAUGUAACAGGCGGAGGCAAAUGUGAUUUCACCUUGUGUGUGUCCGGCAAAUGGAAUUAACAAAUGGAUUUUCUUAAACGCGCUCUCCCUCUGUCUCUCACUCUCUCUCCCUCCCUCCCUCCCUCCCUCACUCACUCACUCCUCUCAUCCUCUCUCUCUCUCUCUCACUGGGGGGAAUAGGGCGCUCAAAUGAAGGAGACACAGAUGUGGAUUAAAACGCAUAAAUGGCACAGAAAAGCGUCCACUGAGAAAAGCGCUCGGAGCAAGUGACUGUGAUGGGCUGUCGGACUACAUCUGAAGUGCUCGACCAAAGAAUAAUAUCCACUCCUGACCUACUCUGAAGAACAAUAUUUGAUUCAAUCAAUGGUGCAGUCUCUCCGGGGGGUGAAUUACACCUGAGCAAUAGGUGGGACCUCAGAAAAGAUCAACAGUGGAACAUGUGGUACUUGACCUUCACGGAGAGAACUCAGAUACACUCCAGAAGAUGUCAAAUCUGAUCUGAAGCCGCUCUCGAGAGGGUCGCCCAGCUCGUAAUUCAGCCCUCUCUGCACGUGUGUUGUUAAGCAAUACUCAGACACCAUGGGCCAUCAGUGAAGGAGCACAGUAAUCAAUGCUGGAUCUUCAUUUAUUGAGGAGUACCAGACAUCUCACCAUGGAUGUGAAGGAGGUUUUCUCCACCAAAGAGCGACUGUGAGAGAGACGGACCUGGGGGGAAUUGGACACUGGGAGUAAGGAGGAUCAGCUAGUGUGCUGCUAGCCCAUGGUGCAUCUGCUGUGAGCAGGACAAGGGACUCAGCGGUGGAGGAUGUCAGCAGAGGCCGAGCUCCAGCCGGGUGUCAAAACCAGCCAGCGAAGGGAGUCCAGGAGGAUUAAAAGUCAGGACCGCACUGAGGCGGGGCUUAUUAAGCGUUUCCGUGGAGAUGGCAUGCGGUACAAGGCCAAGCUGAUCGGGAUUGAUGAGGUGACAGCGGCGCGCGGGGACAAGCUGUGCCAGGACUCCAUGAUGAAGCUGAAGGGAAUGGCUUCCUCGGCACGUUCCAAAGGGGAGCACAAGCAGAGAGUCUUCCUGACGGUGUCUUUCGGCGGGAUCAAGAUUUACUGCGAAAGAUCAGGGGUGCUCCUGCAUCAGCACUCAGUCCACGAGAUCAGCUACAUCGCCAAGGACACCAGGGACCACCGGGCCUUUGGCUAUGUCUGCGGGAAGGAGGGCCACCACAGGUUUGUGGCCAUCAAGACUUCACAGUCGGCGGAGCCCCUCAUCAUCGACCUGCGCGACCUCUUCACACUCAUCUACGACAUUAAGCAGCGGGAGGAGAUGGAGAAGAAGGCUCAGAAGGACAAACAGUGUGAGCAGGCGGUGUAUCAGACCAUCCUGGAGGACGAAGUGGACGAUCCAGUUUACCAGUACAUAGUGUUUGAGGCUGGACACGAACCCCUCCGUGGCCCCCACUCAGAGGAGAGCGUUUAUCAGGUCCCAUCCAGUCAGCAGAAGGAAGGGAUCUAUGAUGUCCCAAAACGCCAUUUCAUGACUAAUAUCAACCACUUCGAUCUUUUCGGCGACAUGUCCACGCCUCCCUCGAUGCCUCCAUCACCUGCCAACACACUGGACCCGAGCAGGAGCAGCCGCCAGCAGCAGCACAGUCCUGCUGACAUGUACGCCCCGUUCAGCCCCACUUCCAUGCCGUCAGGUUAUAUGACCAUGGGCCCGGUGCAGGCGGCCCAGUGGGCACAGCAGCCGUUCUCUGCUCAGGCUCAGACCCUGGCCUUCCCCGUGCAGGGCCCCCUCCAGGUGGCUCAGGUCCUCCCUGGUGGUCAGCCGGUCAUCUGGAGCCAGGCCAACAUUUUCCCAGCCACUCAGCAGCAGUGGGCGGCCAUGGCAGCCUAUAUGCCGGCCCAGACCGUGGGCGUGGGGGGCCAUGCAAUCCCAGCUGCCAUGCUCCAAGGCCUGGUUCCCAUCACUACCAUGUGCCCGCAGGCCUGCGACCUGUCAGCCCCGUCCUCGGCUAUUACCAGCCCCCAACACACAGCCGACCCCACCCUGCUCCAGAGGCAGCUGAGCCUGGGUAAAGAGGGCCUCAACAUGGACUCAGACGCAGGCGAGGGCCCCUCUACUUUUGGAGCCGGAGCAGCAGGUGUGGGAGCUGGCAUUGCGUCAGCAGUGGUGAGCAGGUGUGGGACCCCAGGCCUCAUGAGCGAACCGGACACUCUGGCCUGCAGUCAGCCGCUGUCACCUUCAUCUGCCACGACCCAGGAAGAGGAAGGGAGCUGUAGUGACCUUGAUCUCUCGAGGUUGACCUUGAGCCCAGGUACAUCCACAUCACCAUCCACGGAAUCCCCAUCCACACCAGCGCCUCAGCGAAGCUGUUCUUCUGACUGCCCCCCAUCCCAGGCCAGCGACCCCCCCACAGAUCACUCCCCUGUCGACCUGGAGGACCAAGCAAGCAACGCCAAGGAGGAACAAUCGGGCUCUCCUGUUGCACGGUCGGUCUCUCCGCAGCUCAGUGGAGCUCCUGAUCCAACGCAGGAUCAGACCUGUCCACAGGAGGACACAGUGUGUGUUGACAUAGAGAGACGAACAGUCUCGUCUCUUCAUUCACAGUCAGGACACACAACCAUGUUUUCUGUGGCGAUACCAAGGAGUGCGCUCAAUUUGCACAGCUGCCUACUCCAUGUCACUUUGAGCUUGGUGCUUAUAAGUAAAGCUGCCGUCACAACAGCGAGCAAUGAGGAGCCCGGUGUUCGUGAAGCUCGGUCAGUGAGUGCUCAGCUGGGAGUUGAUCCUGUGGACUGUGUUUUAUCGGAGUGGAGCGCGUGGUCACGCUGCGACAAUUGUCAGAAGAAAAGAUAUCGCUAUGCUAAACUUGACCGGCCUUCGCAGUUUGGAGGGGAGCCAUGCAAUUUUCAUGACAGGGAGGACGAGGCCUGUGAGGUUCCAGCCCGCUACACCUGUGACAAUAUUCCCCUGUGUGAAGGAUUCCUCUGCACACAAACAGGCCGCUGCAUUCACAGAACUCUACAGUGUAAUGGGGAGGAUGAUUGCGGGGACAUGUCAGAUGAAGUCGGCUGUAAGAAGGUUCCCAAGCCCUGCAGACAGGAAGCUGAGGAGUACUGGGGAAUCGAAAACCUUGCCAAAGGAAUCAACAUCUUGAACAGUAACCUGGAGGGAAUGGUGCUUGAUAACCGAUACUAUGCAGGCAGCUGCUCGCCCCAAUACAUUCAGGAUGUCAGGUUCAGGAAGCCUCACAACUUGCAGCAGUACACUCUCCAGACAAGAGGCUCGUAUGAUUUCAAUGUUCAGUCUUUUGAGUCAUACUCUGACUACAUGGAAAACACCAUAAGGGAGACUAUGACAAAAACCACUGUUUCCUUUGGCUUUGCCAUUCCUGGCAUAUUUGAAUUUGGCUACAACUACAAUAAUGCCAAAUUCACCAGAUCGAUUCAGAAGAUUCGCCGUGCCUCUGGCAAGAUCAACAGCUUUGUGAGGGCCAAAGCAGAGCUGGAGUUGGCCCAGUACAUGCUGAAGUCAGACGAUUUGAUGCUUCACCCUGAGUUCCUGCAGCGCCUGCGCUCCUUGCCACAGUCCUAUGUUUAUGGAGACUACAGGCAGAUAUACAGAGACUACGGCACCCACUACAUCACAGAGGCCGCCCUCGGAGGAGAAUAUGAGCACACCAUCAUUCUGAACAAGGAGAACCUGGAGAAGACAGAUUAUUCUUUGGAAGACUACAAGUCCUGCACCCAGUCAGGCCUGAAGAUUGGAGCCAACAUUUAUGGUGUUUACGUGUCAGUGGGGGCUCAGGGUGGAUCCUGCAAUGCCCUGUUGAAUGAGAUGGGAGAGGACACUGCAAUCGGCAGCACCGUGGAGGACUUUGUUGCUGUCGUGCGAGGUGGCAGUAGUGAGUCCAUCACCGGCUUGGUGUCUAAAAAGCUUCCCACCCCACAGCUGAUGACGCUUUGGGGUGAGGGAGUGCGCUUCAACCCUGACUUCAUUCGCAAAACAACUCGGCCGCUGUAUGAGCUGGUGACUUCAAGAGACUUCUCCCAUGAUGCUUCACUGAAGAGGAACCUGAAGAGAGCAUUGUCAGAGUACCUGGCGGAGAGUAGUUCAUGUCGUUGUGCUCCCUGCAAAAACAAUGGAGUGGCCGUUUUGAGAGGCACAAGGUGUGACUGUGUGUGUCCCAUUGGCUACACCGGACGGGGCUGUGAGAUCACUCAGAGGCAAAAAGAAAUAGCCACUGACGGCAGUUGGAGCUGCUGGGGUGCGUGGUCGACCUGCAGUGAAAGAACCAUGUCAAGGACUCGACAGUGUAACAACCCAGCACCCACCGAUGGAGGCCUGGCAUGCACAGGACUGCAGCAAGAGUCGACUGACUGCUUUUAAAAGCCUGCUCAUGUCAACACUGAUUUAUAUACAUAAGAAAACCAACUUUAAAAUAGGAGAGUAGUCUGUGGUGUGUUUAGUCAUUGGACUAAUGUGUAAUAAUGAUUCACAUUUGAAUAAAAUAAAACUAAACAACCAG